AUGGUUCCAGCACCUGUACAUACUGAAGUGAAUACAGAUGGCAUCCAAAUCCUCUUCGAUACGCAGGCGGAACAAGCGGGCCGUGUCCAAGACGUGUUGGGCGCCGUGCGAGCUGAUGCUUUGACGGAGUCGCAGACUCGUCACUGGUUCGCUUACAAGCUUGACAAUGGGCCGGAUGCGCCCAAUACCAGCUUCGGUGUCUUCAACACUUACGCCGAAGCGAAAGCUCACGAUGGGCAGAAUGGCAUCAAUCUCACAGCGAAGGCGCUCAAGGAGAAUGCACAGCUUUUCCAGGGAGAGCCUAGGAAGCAUCCGUUACACCUCCUUGGGACAAAACUCCCAGACGACUGCGACGCUCGCACUCCUGAAAGAGGUGCCCAGAUCAUCAUGAAAGCACGCCCAGGCUUCGGUGGCAAACUUCGAAGCAUUAUCACGGGCCAAUAUAGCAACGAGAUACUUGAAGAGGAGGAAACGCCAUACUGGUUCGCUAUACAAUACGAUGACACGACAUUCGCUCUAUUCGCGGCGUUCUAUAGCGAUGCUGACCGAGCGCUGCACCUGAAUGGACACGCUGCGUACCAUCUCAUGGAGGAUACAUCUUUGUGGAUCCAGGGUAUCAAGACCCUGAAGUUUGACAUCUUCGCCGCCAAGGUGUAA